UAGAUCUGAGGCCUCUUUCAAACUCUCUUUAUCCUCAAGUCAACUCCUCCACCACUUUGGUCAACUUGGAUAGAUUCUAUGUGGGGAAUUCUAAUUCGAUCAGGUACCCUGCUGACCGAUAUGAUCGCUUAUGGUUCUUCAUUGACACCCCACCUUCAUGGAGUGUGACAUCGACCGACUCGAGCGUCCAAAACCAGGUGCAUGAUCAGUUUCAGCCACCACAGGAAGUCAUGCAGAUUGCAGCAUACCCUAGCAGCUCCACCACACUUCAACUCAGCUUGGCACCCGAUCCAGGAGACCUAACUGAGUUCUAUACGGUCCUCUACUUCUGCGAGCUCCAGCUGAACGCCUCGAGGCAGUUCUUGAUCUACCUCAAUGGAGCCCUGCUGAACGACGGCAGGCCUUUGGCUCCAACCUACCUCCUCUCUGACGUCGUUUUCAAUGCUGAUCCAAGUUUAGGGUUUGGUGAGUGCAAUAUAACUCUUGUUGAAACAGGAAGCUCCAUGCUUCCACCUAUCAUAAAUGCCAUUGAAGUCUUCACAGCAAUGAGAAAUGCAAAUGUGGCAACCAAUGGCCAAGAUGUGGAUGCAAUGUUGGCAAUCAAAGGGUGGUACCAGGUGAGAAGAAACUGGAUGGGUGAUCCAUGCUCUCCACAAGCAUAUACUUGGGUUGGACUGAAUUGUACACAGAAUAACUCUGGUGUUCCGAUGAUCACUGCAGUCAAUAUGUCAUACAGUGGAUUGGCAGGUGUAAUAACCGCAUCCUUUGCCAACCUAAGUGCACUGCAAUACUUCCAGUUCACCUCCCCUCCCUCCGGCCUACUUGUGCCAACAGAGAUUCUUUAUGAAGAUGUUACAGAUAAAGUUUGCAAGAUGAUUAUUGAUAGUGGAAGCUGUGAAAAUAUUGUAUUUGAAGAAGUUGUGCACAAGCUUCAAUUGAAGACGGAUAGUCAUCCAAAACCCUACAAGUUGUCAUGGCUGAGCAAAGGGAGAUGA